UACCUGAGCGCUCGGAUUCUUCCGACUUCUUCUGGGUCAGGGCGGGUGGUUGUCUUGGUGACCGCUCCUAACGGUCCCGUAGCCCCGAGAUACUUGUUGAGGGGUUGCAGCCUGAGCUGCUGACUGAAGACGCCAUUGGUUCUUCCACGUGUCCGAGGUGAAGCUGGUGUUAGCCUUAUAUGCGGGGUUACUGACGCUUGAGAGAAGAUUGAUUCAAAUAAUAAAAUGUCUCGAAAAAUUGCCAAGGAGUCAAAAAAAGUAAAUAUCUCUAGUUCUCUGGAAUCUGAAGAUAUUAGUUUAGAAACAACCAUUCAUACAGAUGAUGUCUCCUCAUCAGAAGAGCGAGAGGGUAAAGUCAAAAUCACCAGGCAGUUAAUCGAAAGAAAAGAAAUACUUCAUAAUAUUCAGUUACUGAAAAUCGAGCUAUCCCAGAAAAACAUGAUGAUCGACAACUUGAAAAUGGAUUAUCUUACAAAGAUUGAAGAGCUAGAAGAAAAACUUAAUGAUGCCCUUCACCAGAAACAGCUGCUGACUUUGCGAUUAGACAAUCAGUUGACUAUUCAACAGAAAGAUUCGAAAAAAUAUCAAGAACUAAUGAAACAAGAAAUGGAAACCAUUUUAUUGAGACAAAAGCAACUGGAAGAGACAAACCAUCAGCUGAGAGAAAAGGCUGGAGAUGUCCGCCGGAAUCUGCGGGACUUUGAGCUGACAGACGAGCAGUAUGUGAAGCUAAAAUCUUUUCCUGAAGAUCAGCUCUCUAUUCCUGAAUACGUAUCUAUUCGGUUCUAUGAGCUAGUGAACCCAUUAAGAAAGGAAGUCUGUGAGCUGCAAGUGAAGAAGAAUGAACUCUCUGAAGAAUUGAGUACAAGUAAAGGCCAACUGAAGCAGCUGAUGGAGACAUAUGAAGAAGAUCGAAGAAACAACGCCGAACUUCUAAUUAGAUGUCAACGUUUGACCUUAGAAUUAGCAGACACGAAACAGUUAGUUCAGCAAGGUGAUUACCGUCAAGAGAACUAUGACAAAGUGAAGAGUGAACGCGAUGCUCUGGAACAGGAAGUACUCGAGGUUAGAAGAAAACACGAAGUACUUGAAGCCUCUCACAUAGCUCAAGCUAAAGAAAGGAAUGAAUUAUCAAAAGAGGUCACCAGCCUGCAGCAGACGGUCACCCUGCUGCAGAAAGAUAAAGAGUACCUCAGUCGUCAAAACAUGGAGCUCAGUGUACGCUGUGCGCAUGAGGAGGAUCGGCUGGAAAGGCUGCAAGUUCAACUGGAAGAGACCAAAAAGGCCAGAGAAGAGAUGUAUGAGAAAUACGUCACGUCCAGAGACCAUUAUAAAACAGAGUAUGAAAAUAAACUACAUGAUGAACUGGAACAAAUCAAAUUGAAAACUAAUCUAGAAAUUGAUCAGCUUCGAAGUGCCUCUAGGGAAAUGUAUGAACGAGAAAACAGAAAUCUCCGUGAAGCAAGGGAUAAUGCGCUUGCUGAAAAGAACCGAGCAGUGGCAGCGGAAAAGGACGCUCUGGGAAAGCAUGAGCAGCUCCUAGACAGGUACAGAGAACUCCAGCUCAGUACGGAAAGCAAGGUGUCGGAGUUUCUCCAUCAGAGCAAGUUGAAGUCCUUUGAAAGUGAGCGUGUUCAACUCCUGCAAGAGGAAACUGCAAGAAAUCUCACACAGUGCCAGUUGGAGUGUGAAAAAUAUCAGAAGAAAUUGGAGGUUUUAACUAAAGAAUUUUAUAGUCUCCAAACUUCUUCUGAAAAACGCAUUACCGAACUCGAGGCACAGAACUCAGAGCAUCAGGCAAGGUUAGACAUUUACGAGAAGUUGGAGAAGGAGCUUGACGAGAUAAUAAUGCAAACAGCAGAAAUUGAAAAUGAAGAUGAGGCUGAAAGAAUUCUGUAUUCCUAUGGCUAUGGUGCUAAUGUUCCCACAACAGCUAAAAGACGACUAAAGCAAAGUGUCCACUUGGCAAGAAGACUCCUGCAGUUAGAAAAACAAAAUUCAUUAAUUUUAAAAGAUCUGGAACAUCAAAAGAACCAAGUAAGCCAGCUUUCACAAGAGCUUGACAGAGCCAAUUCACUGUUAAAUCAGACUCAGCAACCCUACAGAUACCUCAUAGAGUCUGUGCGACAGAGAGAUUCCAAGAUUGACUCACUGACAAAGUGUACAGCUCAACUUGAGAAAGAUGUCAGCAACUUAAAUAAAGAAAAGGCAGUCCUGCUGCAGACGAAGAACCAGAUGGCACUGGAUUUGGAGCAGCUCCUCAAUCACCGGGAGGAAUUUGCAGCUAUGAAGCAGAUCAUCAUUAAUAUGUGUAGUAAACAUUCUGAGAACAACUUACUUCUUACAAAAAUGGAAUCAAAAAGUGUGACAGAAAAUCAAGCAAAGACUUUGAACAUGCCAAGAGAAGAUGAAGAGAAUAUAUUUAUCCCCAAGCCAACGCUCUUUACUAAAAAGGAAGCACAAGAAUGGCCCAAGAGUCAAAAGAUGAAGGCCUAGUGUUUGGUGUUGAGGAGAGCCUAACCCAGCCAGGCCCCUCCAUCCACAUCGAAUCCCCAGCCAGGCCCUUGGCUCUCCAUUGGAGCCGGCCUGUGUUAUCAUGUACUCCUGAAGUGCUAUGUCUGUUGGGGAGAAAGGUUCAUUUCAAUCAUGUACUUGAUACUUUCAAAUAUAAGUAACUUAAUGUUUAUUUUAACUAAUGUUAAAUUAACAAAUUUUAGUA